UUUUGCACGGAAUUGAACGUUUGUCCAUUGUGACAUCGCUGAAGAAGCUGCUGUCCUGUCAGGUGAAGCAAGAUGGAAAAGGAUAUUAAGAUCGAUGCAGACGAGAAGUACGGUCCCCUGAAUCCUACGCCAGCUGUAACGGCCAACGUUGAAACCCCAGGAUAUGAGGUGUUUUAUGGAGAAAUCGCUCGAGAGAGAGUUUCCGAGGUUACAACCAACGGCGCUUCUAAUUGUUUGGGGGCAAGCGACGUGGACGGUAAUCUCGCACCACCUUCACGAAAUACGGGAACUCACGAACUAGUAGAACUUAAAGCAGCCAGGUUAUGGCCACCUGCUAUGGGUGACAUCGAUACUCAUGUUGUACCCGGGUAUCACAGAGAUGCUGCCGUAGGCAAUGGCGCUGGCCUUAAUAACUCCACCACAUAUAAUAGGUGUGACUAUCCUUCAGCUAGGCGCGUAACGGAACCUUCUACGCAUAAGACGUACGCGAUUCUAUCUGCAAGUGAACCUUUCCAGGCGCAAACAGGACCCGAUGAAUGCAGCCAUUUUGUAAAUCUGGCCUCUGCAGGAAGUAUUCCGGCAGGAAGAGACCAGUAUAGGCUGCAGGAAAGCAAAACUCUGAGUGAGUCUCGACGUGGUGAAGCACUUCGAGAUGAACGGCUUGUUUACUUGAAUGGUCAUUCUGCCAUUUUACUCCAAAGUCAGGCCGCAUUGAAGGAUUCGAAUGGGCACCUUCAACAUCAACAACACACUAGCAGCAGCGGCGGCCUAUCAGACCAUGGAACGCCUGUCGUAAUUGUUGAUCAGUCAAGUCAGUCGUCUGCAUACUCGAGCGAUUACGAGCAACAGGUGAAAAGGCGCAGAUUUCGCGUCAGAAAGUACAAUGGCUUGAGUCGCGAGGAGCAGAAAAGAAACGCGUGUGAUCGUGAGCGCAGUCGCAUGAAGGAUAUGAACAAAGCCUUCGAUCUCCUUCGCGAAAAGUUGCCUUGCUGUAAACCACCGGGAAAGAAGUUUUCCAAAAUCGAGUCGCUCAGAAUGGCGAUAAAGUACAUUAAUCAAUUAGAAGCGCUUCUCGAUGAGGCGCCCUCUGCAGUUGCCGGACACUCCCGAGCCGAUAGCAUUUCGCUAAGCCAGGCAAUGGGAACCAUAGGAGCAUCAUUAGGAGGCGUAUCCAUGGGCGUAGGGGCGAGUGUGGGCGGCCCUAUUGGAAUGGGUGUGUCUGGCCAUUAUUACGGCAUAAAUGGAAUGAGCCCGGUGGUCGAGUGGUCCAGCCAGCAACAUCACUUAUCAGAGUCACCUAAUUCUUGCGCCACAACAUCAACGUCAACAGCUCCAUCUCCAGUAACCACAUUUAUAGCAAUGAACGUACCAGUCGUCAUUUCUCAGUCGUCAUACAACGAUAAUAACGCGACACUCAGCAGUAAUCACAGUUCGCAGAGUCAUCAAUAUGUGGACAACGCCAGCAAUAACGGGACCAGCUCUCACACGGAGGCAAAAAAUCGCCUUCAGAAGACUUCCUAUUGGACUCGACAGAAAGAGAAUCCGGUUUAGCCGGCGCUAUAUGGAAGCGUCUGUUAAUUCCUAAGCUGUGAACUGGAAUCGCUUCAUCACAGGAGAACCCUAGUUGCUCCUGUUUCGAAAUUAACCCAUAUCUUAAUAGGCAAACUAAAUCAUUAUCGUCAGUCCUUUCUUAGAAAACGUCUUAAUGUUGUAACAAUACAAAUCACCACGUGCUUUUGACCACAUUAACUCUUCUUACACGGUUUUUUUUUCCAUAGCUGUAUUAAAGGACAACAACCGCAACAAUUUGGUGUGUUUUUAUAUAGGAUACGAGUAGGACAAUAAUCUAUGCAGCACUCGGUUGGCGCUAUAACGCUACAAAAACUACGAAAUUUUUUAGAUAUUUGUUGAAUACGAGAAAUUGUUUAAGGCUUGAAAGUAAGGAAAAUCUUAAGAUGAUAUAUCCAUCGUUUGUUAUUUGUUUGUUUGUAUUUGUCAUCGUUAUAUGAACAGGUGCUUUCCUUAUUUUAUUUUUUAAGAAUCUCAAUCUGAAACUAUGUAUGCAAACAGUACGGCCCGAAGAUUAUCGGUCGUCAAGUUCGUAGGGAACCUUUCUAUAUUCCAAAUAUCUGAAAGUUUUCUAAGUUAGCCUGUUAUAAGCGAGUUCUAGAUGACACCAUUAUAUAUACAUUGCAUGCCUCAUACAGUACCAGUGUCUUUAGAUAGAGAAAUAGCCCUAUUUUGGUCCCACUACCCUCAAAGUGUGCCUAUCAAAAGGCAAAAGCGAAGUGAUAAAUAGAUAGGCAUAUCCGAUAUUCUGGCGCAAAAAGCUGGCAAAGUAUUGGGUAGUUUAUGCAGAAGUAUCUUGUUUGAUAUCUUAAAAAAAAAAUUAAGGUACCCAAUCUGCUGAACUCUUAGUACACAUAAUUAUUAUGUAUACUAUUAUUUUAUUAUUAUUAUUAUUAUUACCAGCUAGCAAUUGUCAUCGAUGCAACAUGUCAGUGAGUCGUUAAGUAAUUAAUAAAAACUAAACAAUCACACAUGUUUAAAGAUGAUAUAGUGUAUUUUUGUGUUCGUAUUGUGUUAAGUUAGAGCAACUUCACGCAUAGUAACUACAUGGAUGUCGAUAAUGAUAUAGUUUUUAGUACCACAUAAUUAGGUAUGGAUACUGUACGGAUAACAUGCACGUUGUUCGGUUUGAACUAAAAGUUUUUUUUACCAUUUCUCAAUGAGUUUUCUUCGUGUCUCCAUGGGGAAUUUUCUGUCCACUUAGCGUUGUUUAUUUUUGCUUGGUUAUUCUCAGACUAUCAAAAGACUUUGCUAAUGCUACAAACAAUGAAGACAAUAAAGAAGAUUUGAUAAAUAAAAGAUUUUUGUAGAUAUAUUUAUUAACGUCAACUGAACAAGCAGAUAAAAAGGAAAGCGGGUGCCGUCAGUGGUCGAAGGGCAGCAUUCGGCAGAGAAAGCGUAAGUACACGUCGACGGAAAGAAGAAUGCCAAGUGAGAGUGAAAGCGGUCAGAGGGAAAAAAGGAGGGAGCUGGCAUACAUAUAUCUAUAUAGAAUGUGGUGGGUCUGCCGGGCCCGGUGGGUGAUGAUCAAAUAUUUACUAUUAUUUGCUCGUUUUCUGCAGCCCUCCGCCCCUGCCCUUUCCGCCCAAGCCCCCUUUGCCCCGGCACACCACUGCCAUUACGGUGCUUGCGGUCCGCUGCAUUUGCUAGAUCCUCUUACAGCAGGGCUUGAACUCGAGCUGUCCCGCCUUGUUGUUGUAGAGACCCUUGGCCUUAUCCUUGUCCAUUGGAUGUCCGUCCAGUGGCCUUCUUUUACCCGAGGCAGAAUCACAAUCAGCAUCCCGCAGCGGUGCCGUCUCCAACAUCAGCGACAUAGCCACAUGGCCGUCUGAUACGGUGACAAUAGUGAUGGUGUGCUAAUAAUCCUCCAGAACGCUAAGAGGAAGUGCAGCAGCGGUAGAUGCAGCAUCGGCAACAUCGUCAAUCUAACACCGUUGCAACGGCAGUAUUAGCGAGGCGGUCUGUCGUUACUGUUGCCUUCGCGGUUUGUUUUUGCAAUCUGCUGUCCUAUGAAUGCAACGUAGAUCAGGACGGUAUGACAACCGUUAGCUGGCAUC